CUACGUACAUUCAUCUGCAUAUCUGCAAGAAUUAGCGAGUUCAAAGUUCGAACAACUCCGUCCAAAAUUCCAGUAUGGCUCGAUCCGAAAUGCAAUCUCACCAAGGACAAUGGUCCACUGGCCUUUACGAUUGUUUGGAAGAUCGUUCAACUUGUCUUCUCACUUGCUUCUGUCCAUGCAUAACCUUUGGGCGAAUUGUGCAGAUUGUUGAUAGAGGAACUACAUCGUGUGUGGUGGCCGGCAUGAUCUAUCAAUUUCUGGGUUCUGUAGGUUGUGGAUGGCUUUAUGCUGGUUCCUAUCGAACCAAACUGCGAGGACUCUUCUCACUACCGGCAGCGCCAUGCCAUGAUUUUCUGGUUCACAGCUUCUGUUGUGUUUGUUCUCUCAGCCAAGAGUACAGAGAACUCAAAAAUCAUGGAAUUGAUCCCUCAAUAGGGUGGCAAGCCAAUGUUGAGAAGUGGAACCGAGAAGGAGUGAAGCCUCCGAUGGUCGAGCCGUCAAUGGCACGUUAAUUGUCCGACCAGCAAUAA